UUCUUCACAGUUGUUUUUCUUUUUUGCGGAAGAGAAAGCUGUGCGUCUUCAUUCGCAAUGCCUGAGCCAGCUAAGUCUGCUCCUGCGCCUAAGAAGGGUUCUAAGAAAGCAGUCACGAAGACCCAGAAAAAGGGGGAUAAAAAGCGGCGCAAAAGCAGAAAGGAGAGCUACUCUAUCUACGUGUACAAGGUUUUAAAGCAGGUGCACCCCGAUACUGGCAUUUCCUCCAAGGCGAUGAGUAUUAUGAACUCCUUUGUGAAUGAUAUCUUUGAGCGCAUCGCUGGGGAGGCUUCCCGCUUGGCACACUACAACAAGCGCUCCACCAUCACUUCCCGGGAGAUCCAGACUGCUGUGCGCCUCUUGCUGCCUGGGGAACUGGCCAAGCACGCCGUGUCAGAGGGCACCAAGGCUGUCACCAAGUACACCAGCUCCAAGUAAGCCAGACUACGCUGCUGAGUAAGGCAACCAAGAACCCAAAGGCUCUUUUCAGAGCCACCCACUUCCUUAUAAAAGAGCUGGAGUCACGCUCUCUAAACAGCAGCGUGAACUUCGCACAGAAAUGUCAACUUCAAUAAAGGAGGAACAGUUUACCUUUUAA